AUGGAUUGCAAAUCAAUUAUGGAAAAGUUCAAUGAGGUUGGUGAAACUGAAGAAAAGAAAGAAGAGAGCAAAGAUGCCUCUGACACCGCUGGUCUUCUUGAGAAGUUAACCGUGGAAGAGACGAAAAUGGAGGAGAAACCUGUGGAGAAGAGAAUGCAUUGUUGCGGUCGGGUAAUGUCUGGACAUAUCACAGCACCGCUGUGGGAGAAAGAGGGUUUCCAAAAUCCCAGAGAUCGAAAGCGAAAAGGG